ACAGGACUUCAGAGAUUUUAAAGGAUCCCAGCCAAACCCACUGAUCUGGAACAGGAAUAAGUUGGUUGCUCGGUGAACAUCGGUCCUGAUCUGCAUCGAGGACACACAGCUGGAAACUGAAGAGCGACUCGUCACGUUUAGCUCCGGGUUCUUCAUCUAGACACAAAAAGAAGCCUGACAGACUUUUCCCAGCUCAGGGUGGGGUGAAGGAGCGGCUUCAACUUGGACAGGAAAGCGGUGAGAAGACGUCGUCUCUGACGGCCGCUGCUCGGAUGCGAGUCUCAGACCGAGUUCCUCGAGAUGGUGAAGAGGAAACACGUCCAGUGAAAAGACGAGUUUCCAGUGAAAUCCUUCAGCUUUCAGUCAGUGAUGAGAAGGAUUCCUCCGAAGUAAACCCACACCUCCCCCACCACCACCUCCCCCCUCCCCUGGACCAAUCACGGCCCAGCAUCCCUGCAGGCCAAUCAGAGCGCUGCUGGGUGAUGUCAUGCAGCAGCUGCUGUGUGGUGCUGAUGCUGCUGAGCUGCAGAUCUUCGGAGAACAGAGACGAGAGCGGCGUGGCUGCAGGGAACAGACUCUACCUCACUACAGAGAACAGCAGCAGGAUGACGCUCGCGGCAUACAGAGAGAAGAUGCGAGAGCUCCCCCUGGUGUCCAUCUUCUGCUCCUGCAUCCUCCCAGAACCCAGAGAACCAUCAGUGGACAAGAAGGAAGCAGGCGUGGUGGACUUGAACCUGUGCAACAUCCGGGACAUGGAGGUGAUCGAACUCAGCAAGCGGGUGAGCGGCCAGGCCUUCGAGGUCAUCCUGAAGCCGCCCACCUUUGACGGCAGCCCCGAGCUGAGGGCCACCACGCCUCCUCGGCAGAAACCAUCACUGGAGGAGAUCCAGAAGAAGCUGGACGCUGCCCAGGAGAGGAGGAAGUGUCAGGAGGCGGAGCUGCUGAAGCACCUGGCCGAGAGGAGGGAGCAUGAGCGGGAAGUGGCUCAGAAAGCUUUGACCAAAGAGUGUCAGGAGCAUCGCGCCGACGCCGACAAAGAGCAGCGGCGGAUGCACCUGAACGCCUCACAGGAGAAGUUAGAGGAGGAGGACAAGCACAGUGUGGAGGUGUCUUGAUGGCCUGAUCACAACACAAGCUGAACCUUAUCUGGAAGCCAUUUUUGAGGGCUGUUGAGCAGAUUUAUGUGCUGGAAAGCUGGCGCUGCUCCACCUGGGAGAACUGACAGGAAGUGACAAUGAAAAGACUUAGAGAUGAAGAAGAAAAAGAAGAGGAGGAGGAGGACUGAGGGCAAGUCUGGCUGCCUGACCUCCUUUGUGCAACCCGGACUCUUUUCAAUGAGAUAACUCUUUAUAACGAGAUCGCUGCAGAUUCAAUCAUCACUUGGCGUUUUGCAGGGUUUUUUUCUGCUUUGUUGCCAUGCCAACAGUGCCAGCGUGUUCUUGUAUGUGUGAGAUUGUGUACGCAUCAACCAAAACACCCAAUCCUGAAUUAGACCCAACAGGAACUGGAUCCCGACACAAAGCAGCGUCCAGUCUGGGUCUGGAUUUACAGCUAAUCUGGGUGAAAUGGCGCCACCUGGUGGACUAUUUAAAUUCUUUAUCACUUGCAGCUCAGAGAUACCUGGUUUUCCAUCAUCAGCAACCAGAGGAGGCCUGCUGGAGAUGAAACAGCAGACAGAGAACUGGUUUUAGACUCUGGAUGGACUCAAACAGUCAGAAAUAUUAAACACAUUGAGGAUGUUUCCGUGGAAGUGUCUCCUCUGUCCUGCAUUCACCCGAGGAAACAAAACACCUGAAAAUAUCUGUUGUGUUUUUCCACAUAAUCUGACAUAAUCCGUCAUGGCUCCAUCGGUUCUCCAUCAUGUCUCCAUCGGUUCUCCAUCGUGUCUCCAUCGUGGCUCCAUCAUGUCUCCAUCGGUUCUCCAUCAUGUCUCCAUCGUGUCUCCAUCGGUUCUCCAUCGUGUCUCCAUCGUGGCUCCAUCCUGUCUCCAUCGUGUCUCCAUCGUGUCUUCAUCGGGUCUCCAUCGUGUCUCCAUCGGUUCUCCAUCAUGUCUCCAUCGGUUCUCCAUCAUGUCUCCAUUGGUUCUCCAUCGUGUCUCCAUCGGUUCUCCAUCUUGCCUUCAUAGUUUUGUUAUUAGAUUGUGAACUUCGAGGUCUUUCAGACCAGUCCUGAGACUUCAGCCCCAGGUGCUGUAAGAACUUCACUGCAACUUUAUUUAUAACGCACUGUACAGAACACAGUGCUACGAUGUACGCUUAACAUCCAGCCCCCACUAUGUUGAAACACUAGUUCUAUUCAUGUUUGUAUAAUUAAUCAUUCUUAAGUGAAUUCUCCUUUAGUUUUCUGUUCACGCCCCCCCCCCCCCCGAGUCCCUGUUUGGGGUCUGGGUUUGGGUUCAGCUCAAACUGGUGAACCAGAACAAACAUUCAUGCUUUCUGUGUAACUGGCACAAAGCUGUAGGACAUCCAAUAAUGAGACAUCUCUCUGAACUGCUUCUUCAUGAAUGUGUGUGUGUGUGUGCUGUGUUUACAGCUGCUUUUCACUAUUAAGUGUCAGGAUGUGUUUAUGGUGUACAGAAAUCACAAUAUAUUUUAAUUCCAAGAAUAAAACAACAGCACUUUA